CUUCGCAACUAUGACUAUGGUCGUACUUUGAACGAAUGACAGAGGAAUGUAGAAUUUCGUGACUGCAAAGAAAAGUUAAUCCCUUCGCGAGCUAAGAGUAAUUUCCCUUGCCAGAAAACAACAUGGCCGACAAGAGAGAAUCUGGACGCAUCAAAACUGCGGAACAGAAGCGUGUUCUGGAUGAUGUAUCCCGAAAGAGAAGACAGCGGAAAGCAUUAGAAGCUUUGGAGUCAGAUAACUUUUCAGAAGAUCCACAUGCAGAUCUAAAGAUGAGCAAAAAGGCUCCAAAAUUUGAGGAAGCAAUGGAUGCAAAUGGAAUAGGAAAGAAGAAAAGAAAAUCAAGAGGAGACUUCAAACAACGAUACAGAAAAACAUUUGCAGCUCUGAUAGAAGAAGAGCAAAUGUUGAACAAAGAAGGACCAACAUAUUUUUCUGCUUGUGUUCCACAUUCCAAGUUUCCUGAGCGUCACUUUUGUGCUGUUUGUGGAUUCCCAUCAAAUUACACCUGUGUUCAGUGUGGUGCUCGCUUCUGUUGUGUCCGAUGCUUAGGUACCCAUCAGGAUACAAGAUGUUUAAAGUGGACGGCAUGAAGACACUCUGACGUGUUUCUGAGCCAUUGUAAGAAUUUUUCUGGUGAAGAAGUUUCCAAGUAGACUGUAGAAGCUUCUGACCAGGUGUCCGUCCGGCCAUCAUGGAACAUGUGGUGCUUCUUGCAAUCAUAGAAUGACCACAAUUCGGGGACAUACGGAAUGUCGGUCCAGCAACUCAGUGAGCAUUUCCUACCUAAAUGUGGUUAUAGUGGCCAAACAAGUCCACUUAAAGUGAAGCAAGUGUAAGAGUGAAGCUGUGACUAAGCAAAGGAAUAGUGAAUGUGGUGGUCUGAUGAGGCUGAAAGUUACUAGUGCAUGUGAGCAUUUUCUGAUCAUUGUCUAAUGUGGGCUAGGCCAGGGCAUCCAUGUUCAAGGUUGAGGACAGUAUUCCAGUCUGCUGUUAGCAGUUUUGGAUGAAUAAAAUUAUCACUGCACUAAAAAAAAUAUUUCUUUGGCAA